GCGGCUGAAGUGACAUUGACUUUCUUGUCUCGGGACUGAUAGCGGCGCAGCCAGCCUGCGCCCGCGUCGUCGGCACAUGUCGGCCGCUCGCUGCCUCGCGCGCGCGCAUCUACGCUGCGACCGCCCGCGUGCCGGGCCCGCGCCAUGCCCGCAGUGAAAGUAUUCAACAUAUUCGGCGGACAGAAGCCGUCCGAGAAACAUCCACCCGCCAAGGGGGCGAUGCAAAAAUUCUACAGGACAUUCUCAGUCGGCAACGAGACUUCCGAAACUAAAGGCAAAGUGACCGCGAUUGCCGCGUGCCUCGAGAAAAGAAUCAGUGAACCCGCAGUGAAACUUAACAGUGAUAAUGUGCAAAAGUUUUUAACUAAAAUCAACGUUAAUGAGACUUUUGUGAGUUCGCCCGAUAAACCGCGACACCACGCUUACGAAAAUGUAAACAUUGCCGGCGGGAGUGUACCACGGGAAGAGAAACUACUAGACGAGACUAAAGGAUACUGUUCGAUCUAUGAAAAUAUUACUGUACUCGGUAAGGUUACUGCUUCGAGGGCUGCACAAAAAGAGGCAAACAUAAACGCGGAAUCAAAACUUAAUAAAGCUCUUGAAUCUUUCGAUAAAAUACUAUCCGAAUUUUCAACAAGCACAUCGGAAUUCACUGUGAAUAAAACCGAAUUCAUUCCACCUAAAUUGCAAAAAUCGAAAACCUGUAGCAUCAUAGAAUCUCGCUGUAUUCUAAAACAGUCUAACUCCGGUCCUCAAAGUGACAGCAAGAAACGAAACACUGUUUCACGAAAUAAUUCUAUAGAUAAAACCACCAGUCUCUGGAAUCUUGACGACAUGAAAGGAAAAGAAUUAACAGCUCCUCUCAUGCCACUAACUCCGACACCUACAGACAAGAUGAACCCAGAUAAGUAUGCCACUUAUAAAAUAUCAUCUAAAAACUUGUCUCGAACGAACGGCAUUAAAAGCGAAGAGUUGAAAAAACUGGAUGUUAAAACAAGAAUAUUGAAGAAAACGUUAUCGAACCCGCCGUCGACUCCCGUUCCGGUUUUAUCAAAGACAAAACCAGUAACAAAAAAUGUCGUCAAAAAAGUGAGUGACCCAAAGAAAACAAAACCUAAGGUAUACACAGAUAAUGGAUCGACAAACACGAAAGCAUGUUUAGAACGGAGAGAGCCACCCAAAUCCCAGAUGCUUAAAGCUAAAAGUGUUUGGGAAAUAGGGAACGAGUCAAUGGUUUCAUCGAACUUAGAACGAACCAAGUCGACCACUUCUAUCGCGGGCUCUCCCAGCAAGAUCCCGGUGAUCAGGAGUCAGAUGCCACACAACAAGUUUAGCAGUACAAGGGCGCUAUUUUCUCCCACUCCGGUUGAUCUAAAUAAUAUAGACCAGGCCAGAGAGUGUGCUCAGAAAAAGAAGGUAAAUGCGCCUCGAAAAACUACAGACAAACCUGAUAUAAUUAAACAAAUAAAACAAAAGUCUUCACUCAAUCUCAAAUCGGACGUGAAGCGACAACAACUCGAUAAAGCAAAAAAAGACGACAAAAAAGUUCUUUCAGCUUCGACUCCGUCUAUACGAGAUUAUACGGAUGAAAUAAGCGCGAUGCGCGCUAAACUGCAGCAAAGAAAAAUAAAUAACAAAAGAGACAUUGUCACAGUGAUGCCGGAGCUCAAACGAAAUGGAAAUGAACCGGAUGAAAUUGAUUCGACACUAUCACCUGUCAAGUCCAUCGUAAAAAAAUUAGAGCUCAAGACUGCUAUGGAAUCAAAGGCGGAACCGGCACAGUUUAUCAACUGUAAGGUGAUCCCUGUCGUGCACAAGGAGUUUUGCGUGGCGAACACGACUUUUCAUAACCACUUGAGCACACUCGUCGGCCGACAAAUCAAGUACACGGAAUCCAGAGAUGACGUAAAAUCCGUGCAAGUUGACAAUAUAGUUCCAAAACACGCAGAGGAAAAGAUAUCGGACUCUCACUCGGACUGCAGCGACGACUCCGGUCACGUUUCCAACGAUGCCGCGAACGAUAACGACUCGGCUUUCGAUAACGUGCACGACAUGAGCCCUGUGCGCACCGAUAUCGACGAGGUGGAUUGCAAAAUUUUCGACGGUCCUAAACAGUUCAGGAUAGAUGUGUCCGAGAAUGCGAGGAGCGUGUGUCCCGUGGUGGGCCGCUGCGGGCGCGGCAUCGAGGUCGCUAGCGGUACCCGAGGCACCGAUGCUCCGAAAGUGGACGAACAGAUUAUGUUCCGCGGCGGCGUCGUCGGCGGGCUGGACGCGCGCCGCGACGCCGCGCUCGCGCGCGUUCUGGUCCGCCUGCAGGCGCGCGCGCGUGGUCUCAUCGCGCGCCGGCGCGCGCAGCGCCUGCGCACGCAGCACACGGCCGCGCGCUGCGUGCAGCGCAACGUGCGCGCGUUCCUCGCCGUGCGCGACUGGCCCUGGUGGCGGCUGCUCGUACGGGUUACACCGCUGCUGGCUGUGCACAGGACCGAGCAUCGGCUUAAGCAGGCGCAGGAGGAACUGGAGACCCUGCGAACUAAAGUGGAUAAGGUGGAAACCGAACGCACCCAUUUCAAGAAUGAAAACGAAAGGCUCGAAACAAAGCUGUCGGAGGUGGGCGGCGACUUGGCGGAGGAGCGCGCGGCGGCGGCGCUCGCCACCGAGCGCGCCGACGCCGAGGCCGCCGAGCGGCUGCGCAUCGAGCGCGACAACCGCGACCUGCUGGCGAACAACCAACGACUGCAGCAGGCAUCCGAACGUCUCGAGCUGGAGCUCCUGCACUGGCGUUCAGCCGACAACGGAGGCGCCGAGCCUUCCGACUCUGAGGGUUCAGAGGCCGACGCCACCGCCAACGGCGACAAGUACAAGAGGAGAUACGAGCAAGCUCACAGGGAGCUGCAGUUACUGCGGGCGCAGCUGCGUCGGCAACAUGAGGACGACCUCGAGCAACUUGUCACGGUUAAGAAGCAACUCGAGAAGAAGGUACAAGAUGCGUACGAGGAAGUGGAGGAGCAGAGGGCCGUGGCGGCGCAGUGGAAGCGAAAGCUGCAGAAGCUGACCAACGACAUGGCCGACCUGAGGUCGUUGCUCGACGAACAGACCUGCCGCAACAACUUGCUAGAGAAGCGGCAGCGCAAGUUCGACGCCGAGCUGCACGGGGCACAAGAAGAGCUGAAGAGAGAACGAGCUGCCAAGGAGCGCCUCUCGCGCGAGCGAGACCUCGCGCACGCCGACAAGUACGCGCUGGAGCAGAGCCUCUCUGAAGCUCGGCUAGAACUCGAGCUGAAAGAAGAACGCCUGACGGCGGCGCAGCGCGAGUUGGAGGAGCGAGGCGGCGGCGGGGACGAGGUGGCGGCUCUGAGGCGGACAAGGGCUGAGCUGGAACGAAGAGUUCGCGACCAGGAGGAGGAGUUAGACGACCUCGCCGGACAGAUACAGUUGCUGGAAAGUUCAAAGUUGCGCCUGGAAAUGUUGUUGGAGCAGCAACGCAAAGAGGCUCGCCUGGAGGCGGCCGCGCGCGAUGACGAGAUGGAGGAGACUCGUGCGAACGCGGCGAAGAAACUUAAAAUCCUGGAAUCCCAGCUGGAGAGCGAGCACUCGGAGCGCAGCCUGCUGCUCCGCGAGCGGCACGAGCUGGAGCGCCGGCUCGCGGCGCUGGAGGAGAGCGCCCGCGCCGAGACGCUCGAGCAGACGCAGCUGGUGCAGCGGCUCAAGAGAGACCUAAAGCGGUACCGCGCGUUGCUCCGCGACGCUCAGACCAUGCUGGAGCAAAAGGAAAAGGAGGGCGGAGCCAAGACACAGAUCAGGCAACUUAAGAACCAGGUGGAAGACCUCGAGUUAGCAGUCCGCGCGGCCACGAAGGCGAAGCAGGCGGCCGAGGCAGAGGCGAGCGAGGCAACCGCCGCGCUGGAGGAGGCGAACCGCGCACGCAACGAGGCGGCUGAGCGCGCGCUCACCGCCACGAGAGACGCGGCGACGGCACGCGCCGCGCUCGACGAUGCGGAGGAGGAGGCGGCUGAGUUGUUAAAGAAAUACCGCGGCAGCACGAGCGCGUUAUGCGCGGCGCAGGCUGAAGCGCGGGAGGCAGCCGCCAAAGCCGAGGCGGCCACCGAGGAGGCGAGGCAAGCGCGAGACAAACUCGCCGAGCUCGCGCAACGCCUCGCCAGUGCCGAGGCAGGGCAUUCACAUACGCAACACGAGGCAGAGCGGCGACUGCAGCUAAGGAACAAGGAGCUGGAGUCCAGCUUAGAACUGGAAGCGACGUCACGCGCACGGCUGGAAGGCCAGCUGGCGCGGCUGCGCGACGCGCACGAGCAGCUGGCUAAUGAGCUGGCACAAGCACGCGCGCGCGAGCAGCAGGCCGCCGACGACCAGCGCAAGCUUGCGAGGCAACUCAGAGAGCUAAAAGAAGAAAACUCCUUGCUAAACGCGAAGCUGAGCGAGGCAGGCCGCGCCAAAUGCGUGGCCGAGGCGGCGGCGGCGGCGGCGGCCGGCGAGGCGGCGGCGGCGCGCGACGCGGCCCGGCUGGCGGCGCGGCGCGCGCACGCGCUGCAGGAGGCCAUCGCCGGCGACCUGUCCAGCCCGGGCGACGAUGCGCCCGAUGACAGUGACAACGAUAGCUACAGCUCGGACGAGUCGAUCGGCACGUUCCUCGCGAACCACAAGUUGAGCCCGUCCGCGCCCUCCCGCAAUAGUAUGCAGCUCGACUCGCAGAAGUCGGCGACCCCAGAGGGCCGCGCGUCGCGCUCUAGCGCGGGUUCAGUCUCGAAGCCGCUGAGCCCCACGAAGGAGUCGUUCGCAUAACAGCCGCCCGCCGCCGCCGGCCUGCUCGGCGCGCUGCCCGCUCAGCUCCUCUGCGCGGUCUUCUGCGCCCGUCCGCGGCGAACAGAACACACAGUGCUGGACUAGACACGUACACACACACCACGGUUGCAAUUGUCAAUGUUAAUACUAAGGAUCCCACUUCUGAAAUCGCAGGAGAUAUCCCACUUCUGAUGUCGUCUUUUCCACCUCGAAAGUGACAAUGCUAAGAAUAACCAGUGUUGAAGUGACGCUUGAUACAGAAUAGUCCCACUCUGAUGUCUUAGAAGAAAAUAUUCCUCUUCUGAUGUUGCAGACUAUUCUAGCUCUACAUAUGCUAUUCCUUAUAUAGAAUUUACGCCUAAUGUGGAGCUUUAAAUAUAUGGUGCAGCGAGAGCGCAGCGAAUCGAAUGAUAUACUCUGCUUCCGAGGUGAUGGAGAGUGCUACUGUCAUAAAUUAUUUGAGAUAGCACUCUAUUUUACUCUUUGGUCUAAAAUAUAGGGAAUUUUACCUUCUUGGACGUCUAAAGAGUAAACUGACAAAAUAUAUACUCAUUUUAAAGCGUCGUCCGAUGAAUGAUCUAUGAAUAAACCCAUUUACAAUUGCAAUUAAGUGUAAAAAGUGUCUGUGUCCAUUAUAGUGAACCGUCACCGUGGCGUGAAAAGACAAUGAGUUUAAAAUAUAUUAGUGUCGAAUUGAAUAAAGUAUUAUUAACAGUGCUUGGAAUUACAGUAUCGAUUAGACUGCUCAACUUAAUAAACUUUUUCAGAAUCUUUUAUAUGAGCUUUGAUAUACACAAUAGCCUAAAUGAAUUUGUAACUUUAACACGUUUUGAUAUUGAUUAUAAUUAGAAACACUAUUUAUACAGUUGCGUGCGUGUUGUGUGCCCGAGAAGAUGAAAAAAUGAAAAUGAAUGCAUUCCAGAAUAUUUAUUAUCUUUGUUCUUCUUGGUGCGACACGCACUGCCCGCUUUUUCUCCGUAGCCACACUGUUCUUCGACCCUAUAUUAUAAGUCUGUCAAGCCAUUUCCGUCAGUAGAAAAAAGCGGCAAAUUAAAAAAGGCUCGAAGGAUUAUCGUCCAAUAGAAAAUUUGAAUUUCGCGCCUUUUUCUACUGACAACUGACAGACUAUAUGUAAUAUGACGUAGAUUUUUCCAUAGAGCAUUUUGUCUAUGAUUAAUGUUGUUAGCUGCGUGCGACCAGCCAGUAUUUAGACGAGUCGUCGAGGCGAGAUCUUACAAAGUAAUGUUAGGUUCUUUGUUAUUUAGUUAGCUAACUUUUGUAAAUAACUAGAUGGCAUAAACAUUUUAUUAUUUAAUUUGUAAUAUUUGUGUGAUCAGACUGUUAUUCUAUGAUUUAUUUGUUACAAGCGAGUUGUUACUUUAUGAACAAUCAAACAUAUCUGUUAGGUAAAUAGAUUUUUUUAUUUAUCCUUUUUGACUGGUUUGUUUUACUUAUAAUUUUAAAUGAAUUAAAUCUAGUGAAUGUAUCCAUUAUAAAUCGUUAUAUAUUCCUCAUAAUAAUUAUAAUUAUUAUACUCCAUUACUUCUAAAAACUUCAUUCUAUUUAUACCUAUGUAGCUAUGUGUCUGUAACCAUGAUAUGUGUAAAGUAUGAUAUGUGAUGAAAUGUUACUGCAUUCAAUACUGGUUGUAAAGUGAAACUAUUUAAAAUAAAGUAACAGAAAUAAAUUA